AGUUUGCAGAAAAGAGUGAGCGAGAACAAGUAUCGGUACGAGUGCGUUUUUAAAUAGCCAAAAUAAUAAUAACAUAAUCAGUGUAAAAGCCGUUUUGAAAACGAGAACUAUCAAUAAUAUUAUAUUGUUAGCGAGUUGAACAAAAAUUGUAAACAAGAUUAUUACCAUCAGCCAUACGAGUUCAUUCAAUGACAAUGACGUUGGCAGCAAAAUUGAUGCAGGACUAGUUGAACCUGAGAAUGGGAAUGCGCUAUUUACAGUUAGUGUAGCUAAACAUCAAUUGGAACAGUUGUACACGAUGCGCGAAGCCCUUUUCUCUCAGGAUGGCUGGGGUUGCCAGCAUGUUAACCAAGAUACCAAUUGGGAGGUGCCCAGUUCACCAGAGCCGGCAAACAAGGAUCCGUCAGGAGGGCCUCCAAUGUGGAAACCGAACAUUAACAAUGGCACAGAUCUGUGGGAAUCAAAUUUAAGAAACGGCGGUCAGCCACCAGCCCAACAAGUGCCAAAGCCAUCUUGGGGCCAUACGCCCUCAUCCAAUCUAGGUGGCACCUGGGGCGAGGACGAUGACGGUGCGGACAGCACCAGCGUUUGGACAGGCCAAUCGGUUAAUAACGCCGCAUCCGGUGUCGUUGUCGGUGUAAAUUCUGCGGGUGUUGGCUCUGGCGUCGGCAGCGCAAGCGGUGGCCCCCCGUGGCCCCAGGGCGUUGGAGUCGGCGUUGGUUUGAGCGCCGCAGGCAACAACAGUUCGCCGGCAACGGGAACCUUACCUGUAGUCACUCCGGGAUGUGGAAAUAGUGGUAACAAUUUGACUUCCACUGGAACCGUAGGCGGGGCUGGCGGCAGCGUUGGCGGCAGCACUGGCAAUGGCUGGGGAGAUCCCCGAGACAUACGCCCGCUUGCCGGCGGUGGUCCCAUGGACAUACGGAACGUCGAUCCUCGCGAUUCAAUUCCAAUGCGUGGUGUCGGCCCACCCACGGGAGAUCCGCGAGAUUUACGCAUGAUUGAUCCGCGCGAUCCGAUACGCGGUGAUCCGCGUGGAAUAUCAGGGCGACUGAAUGGCCAAUCCGAGAUGUGGGGACACCAUCCCCAGAUCGCUCACAAUCAGAUCCAGAAUAUUAACAAAAUGGUCGGGCCCGUUGUUGGUGGUUCUUCGGGUACAAAUGUAGUAAGCUCAAAUAUAGGUGGGCCUGGUGGUGUCGGAGCCGUUUCUAGCAAUAUCGGCGCUCAAUGGGGACCAGCACAAACUGUAGUCGGUGGACCGAAGGAUAUAUCGAAGCAAAUCACCGGUUGGGAGGAACCAUCUCCGCCGCCACAACGCCGCAACAUACCCAAUUAUGAUGAUGGCACUUCGCUCUGGGGGCAACAGACACGCCUGCCAGGCGGUGGGCCUCAGUGGAAGGACAUGACAGACUCAAUUGGUCGCAGUCACUUGAUGCGCACCCAAAAUCCAAGCGGCGGAACCAUCGUUGGAAGCAGCAUCGCGGGCAAUAGCAAUGUGCCAGCAAUAGGCGGCAACCCAAAUAAUUCAAUGCCAGGUGCUGGUGGCCCACAGGCUCGCCUCACCAAUCCAAUUGGCGGACCCAGUGGUGUUGGUGUCGCUGUUGGUGGUGUCGGUGUUGGUGGCCAGCAUGGCAAACCCGAUGCCGGCGCCAUGUGGGUGCAUCAAAAUAAUAGCGCUGGCAGCCGCAAUGCGCAAGUGGUGAACUCAUGGGGCGACGAUAGUCACAAUGUGGGUGGUGUUGUUGUUGGCGCUACUGGCGUCGUUGCCGGCAACAAUUGGGUCGAUGAUAAACCGAAUGCCGGCCUCGCCCAGAUCGGCGCUAGUUCGAAUUCCUGGAGUGAUUCUGCUACGGGUGGCGGCGGCGGUUGGUGUGGUAAUAAACCAAGUAAGCUGUCAUCGGCGAGCGGUGCUUCCUCGGGCUGGAGCAAUUCCAACACAGUCGGAGGAGGAGCUGGCAAUGUGGAAGGUGGUGACAUCUCUUCGGAUUGGUCGCACAGUGUUAUUGUAGGCAAAACUCAACAGCAACAACAGCAGCAACAGCAGCAGCAGCAGCAACAACAGCAGAAAUUGGCUGGCAUCAAUGUUGGAGUUUUGAACUCGGAGAUUGUUAAGCAAAGCAAGCAAUAUCGAAUUUUGGUUGAGAAUGGAUUCAAGAAGGAGGAUGUUGAGAGAGCUUUACUGAGUGCCAAUAUGAAUAUUGAGGAGGCGGCCGAUAUGCUGCGUGCUAACGCAAAUUCAUCAUUGGCGAUGGUGGAGGGCUGGCGGCGUCACGACGAAGGCCUUGGUUCCUAUGCCGAUCAUUCGAAUACACCAAAUAGUGGCGGCUUCCCACAACGCUAUCCAGUUAGCGGCGCACAACCUUCGAUGUCAUUCCCUCCGAAUAACCUUAUGAGUAAUAUGAGCGGUACAGCCGUCACUGGUAGCAAUAAUCCCAAUAUGGCCACUCUGCAAGUGCAAAAAUAUUUGAGCCAAGGUGGACCACACAGUGUCGCCAUCGGCGGCGGUGGACCACAGUCUGUCAAUGCGAAUGCUCCGGUCGCCUUUUGUCAGAACGCAUCGAACGCAGCGCCAGCAGUCAAUAUUGCAUCGAAUGCCAAUAAUCAACCAUCUGGGCAGCAUAUUCGAAUGCUUGGCCAGCAGAUUCAAUUGGCUAUACACAGCGGUUUUAUAUCCAGUCAAAUCUUAACGCAGCCUCUGACACAAAAUACAUUAAAUCUUUUGAAUCAACUACUCAGCACUAUAAAGCAUCUUCAAGCAGCGCAGCAAUCUCUUUCUCGGGGCAGCAACGCUAGCCCAAUGGUUGUCAAUGUAACCAUAGCGAAGUACAAGCAGCAAAUUCAGAAUUUACAAAACCAAAUAAAUGCACAACAGGCUGCGUACAUUAAGCAACCGAACUUGCAACAAAACUCACAGCAGCAGCAGCAGCUCCCAUCCGGAGGACAUAUGAAUAACUCUGGCAAUGACUAUUUAAGGAAUCAUGAUGCAAUAGGUACACUUCAAGGAAACUUUUCUGAGCUCAAUCUUAACAAGCCAAGUGGAUAUCAGGCUGCGCCCAAUCAGCAAUCCCGCUUAAAUCAGUGGAAACUUCCAGUAUUAGAAAAGGACAGCAUGGCUACAGAUGGCACGGACUUUUCGCGUGCUCCGGGUGCUACAAAGCAGAAUUUAGCAAGCAACUCAAACAACAUGGGCCCGCUGGGCUUGCAAAAUGAUGGAACUUGGUCAACGGGUCGUAAUAUUGAACACGGUUGGCCGGAUCCGUCGAUUGAUAACGAGAACAAAGACUGGUCAGUUGCUCCGACUGCAGCUGCAUAUUCCGACUUGGUACAGGAGUUUGAACCAGGCAAACCGUGGAAGGGUUCUCAGAUCAAAAGCAUUGAAGAUGAUCCAAGCAUAACUCCUGGCAGCGUUGCUCGAUCUCCACUGUCCAUUAAUCCGACGCCAAAAGAUGCUGAUAUUUUCGCAAACACCGGCAAGACCUCUCCGACUGAUUUGCCAUCAUUAAGCUUAUCGUCGUCAACAUGGAGUUUUAAUCCAAACCAAAACUUUCCCAGUUGGUCAGACAACACUCAACAAUGUGCCACCUCAGAACUCUGGACCAGUCCUCUAAGCAAAGGUUCAUCUCGAGGACCUCCGCCCGGGUUAAGCACAAGUAAAACUGGCGGUGUCACUGCUCCCACCCCGUCACCUACGGUUGCCGGGAACUCGAACGGCUGGCUGCCCAAUCGAAGUGUCCCCAGCACCAACACAGCAUGGACUGGAACUAAUGUUUCAUGGAACUCUAGUUGGUUGCUUCUCAAAAAUCUAAAUGCUCAGAUUGAUGGCCCAACCUUACGUACUUUGUGUAUGCAGCAUGGUCCCCUUGUCAGCUUUCACCCGUAUUUAAACCAAGGAAUUGCAUUGUGUAAAUAUGCAACGCGGGAGGAGGCUAACAAAGCACAAAUGGCUCUGAAUAACUGUGUUCUCGGCAAUACGACAAUAUUCGCCGAAUCGCCAAGCGAGAAUGAGGUGCAGAAUAUUCUACAGCAUUUGCCUCAAGCUCCGUCCUCGACCAAUUCGGGUAUUUCGUCAAGCAGCGCCGGCAACGGCAACAGCGGCGGCAUUGUCGGUGGUGUUGGCACCACAAGCGUCAGCGGCGCCGGCAGUUCAGGUGGUGCAAGCAUAUCGGGCAACAGCAGCAGCAACAGCAAUGGCAACGGCGCCGGCGGUAACAGUGGAUCGAAUGCUGCUGGUGUUGUGACCAGCGGCGCCGGCGGCACAGCCAGCAGUGCUGCAAGUGGCAGUGCGACGGGCUCCGUUGGCAGCAGUGCGGGUGGCGGUAACAACAGCACAAGCGGCAGCAACAACAGCAGCAACAAUGUUGUCAACUCGUCUGUGAAUGGUGGUGCCCCAUCAGCUGUCGGUGGUAACAGUGGCGGCGGCAACAAUGUCAAGAGCUCUUCAACCACCUCCGGUGGUGGUGGCAACAACAUAACUAUGACGGGCGGCGGCGGCCCAUCGAACGUAACUUCGAGUGCAACUGGCAACAACUCAACAUGGCGACAGACUGGCCCAAAUCAAGUUCUGCAACAGGGCCAAAAUAGACCACCCGGUAGGGAAGCCGACUAUGAUUAUAUAUCUCAAUUCGUUUGUUCCAUAGUUGACGAUUAGUUUGAUAAAAAUAUGACCAUGCGCAGCACUUUGAAUCAAGACACACACACACACACAUAAAUACACACCCACACAGGGAGAACACUCUAGAUUCAAUGAUUCAAUAUGGAAAGCAAAAACCAUGCUAUAUGAAGAACAUAAAGUGGAUCGACUGAUAAACGAAUGGACUUAGAAUUUUGUAUGCCUGUAGAUUUAUUUUUCUUUAUCGUUCAUAGUGUUUAGGGUUGUAUAUGUAAGAGAAAAAACAAUGCGAUAUACAUACAAUUUUUUGGAAAUAAUA